AUGAUGCUGGGUGCACUCCAAAACAUCCUCCCAGGUUUACAACUUGAAGUGACAAUCCCAGAUCUUGAAACCCCCAAUACCGAUCAGUCUAUCAUUCAUACUAAAGGCCGGCCUGACCUCAUUAGCGCCAUCAUCAAUGAGCGCCAGCAGCAGUUAGAUGCAGUUUUGCACGAGAUCUCAGAUCAGGAAAUCGUUCUUCCGCAACUCGUCAAAAAGAAGGGCAGGAUCACCCAGUCCUUGAAUCUACACAAGGGUCUCGGAUCGGCUCUCUGGCGCUUGCCAACUGAGGUCCUAUCCCACAUUUUCGUUUACUGUCUCCCGGAAGACGAGCAGUUCUCACCCGAACCAGACCUGGCCCUCAUGCUACUAACCAGAGUAUGCCGACGAUGGAGGGAGGUUGCUGUGGGUCUGCCCAGUUUAUGGUGCAGACUGUAUAUGGAACUCGACGCCAGUGACUCGCUGCGGGCAGCUUUCUGCUACGACUCGUGGCUCAAGCGGUCCCGAGGAUGUCCGCUCUCAUUAGCACUCGACUGCCACGCCAUCGACUCAACCAAGCUACGAAGCCUUAUUCAGCCUUAUGUCCAUCAAAUCUCGUCUCUCUCUAUCCCAGACCCCGACCAACCAGAACUUCUGUUAAACAACCUGCCAGCACUUCAGGAGUUGACCAUAGUGGGGAUCGAUCAUCGGCUUCCACCUAUUGCACCAUUCAUCUCACGACUCCCGUCCACUCUGCGCAGUCUGCGUAUUAAGGAGGCGUGGUUCAACGUCAGGGACAUAUCUUCUUUCAAUCCCGUGUGGGCCCAACUCACAAAGGUCGACAUCGACAUAGUUCGUUCGAAUGUAUUGCUCCACUUGCUCGAGCUAUGCCCCAAUCUCUCCUCGUUAACGGUUCGCGCAGAUUAUGACGGAAUACCAACCUUGGAGCCAUUCACGCACACGGCAAUUCAAUCCAUCGACAUCUAUUUUUUCCAUUAUGCCACUUUAUCUGGCCUGUUCGAUGCUCUAUCACUCCCCAAUUUACGAGUGCUUGUAGCUAGCCAUGCGCGAACAUGGCCUCAUGAGAAGUUCAAGGCAUUUUUGGUACGGUCAAAGUGUUCCCUGGAGAGCCUGACUGUCAGAGCCGGUCUAGAGAGGAUGACGCAUGAGCAGCGUGCAGAAUGCGUUGUCCUUUAUCCUUCCCUCAAAAUAAACUCAGGGAGGAAUCGUUCGACGGUCUUUCGUGGCGCGUGCGUUAGCAUGACUGACGGCGACCACAUCUUCAAUCGGAGUUUUAGCUCCUGCCAGACGGAUGGUAAUGAUGGCGUAUACGUUUACGACCUUGUCCAUACCCUCCAUGGUGUCGUUGGUUGCGAUAUUGAGAUUCACUUGCACAAUGACACCGGCAUGGCCAUCACCAAAGCUUACUGCACAUUGAAGGCUGGUGCAACAAACAUUGAUACCUGCCAAGUACAUACAACUUCCCCAUGUUGCAUCGCAAAGACAGUGGAAGUCAACGUGCCAUUCAUGAACCCGAUCACAGGUUACUGUGCAUUCACACCCAAGGCUGGUAUCCACGCUAAGGCGAUCUUGAACAACCCCAGCACAUAUGAAAAUUUCAAGCCUGAAGAAUUUGGUCUCACGCGAUACGUCUCAAUUGGACUCCGUUCCACUGGCUGGAACGCUUCAAGUCAAGAGUCGAGCAGCUCGAGCUCAAAGUCACCGAUGAUUAAGGAGCUUACUGAUGUUUGUACGCAAUUUAUGGAUGAUGUCGACUCUAUGCUGCGCGCAUACCACUCCGGCAUUCAGUCUGGAGAGCUCACAGUUGGCCAGAAGGAGGCGCUCGACCGACUACUCCAGCAGCACCGCGAGUCCUCGAGAGAACGUGUGGAGCCAGAGGCUCCUGCCGCUAUAUAA